AUGACUACUCAAGAAGAAUCUGAGUUUUUAAAAAAGCAGCUCUUUCAUUCUGCUAUUGAAAAGAGAGCUUUUACGCACUUGAAAAAAAUAACUAGGAAGAUGCAAAUUCCAGAUGAUAUGGGAGAUGGUUCCAGAUCAAACAGAGGCAGAUCAGGAUCAAUAUAAAAUCUUUCAUUCAAGUCUUAACGCACUUCAAUUUUCAGAUUAAAUCCUGGCGGAGAUAGGAUGAGUCUCCAAACUUUCAUUAAAAACCCACAUCUGCCAAUAUAUGAUCCAUAGAGGUAUAAAUUGCCAGUUGAAAUCGAAAGAAAAGGGACUUUUAAGAUACAUCCUAGCUAAGAAAUGGAAGAAACAUUCCAAGAGAUAUUCUUAUUCUGUAAAACUAAAACUGAGGAAGAAUUGAAAAGUGUAAAAUCCUACUAUGAUAAGCACCCAUUGUAAUUUAAACAGGAAAGAAUGACUCUUGCACAUAUAAUGGAAGAACUCUUUAAGGAAAAGCAACGGAAAGAAGAAGAUGAUAGAAUCAAAAAUAUAGCCAUUGAAGCUAAGAGAAUCUACAAAUAGAGAAUAGCAAAUCUUAAUGGCAUUAUCAAGACUCACAAUAUAAAAAUAAAAUCUCCUAGUUAAAUUACACCUAUAGAAAAAAUUAAAUCAUCAGCGAAAGAAGAGCCAGAUGUAUUUUACCAGUACAAGAGGCAUAGAAUGAAACUUUUUGAGAAAGUAGUUGAAAGAUAAGAGGACCCUCUUAUCCUAAAUUAGUAGGCAGUAGAAGAUUUGAAAAAUCUUGAUGACAUUGAUGUGUUUAUGGAUAAUGCUAGCAAGCUUCUUUAAUAACAAGAGAAAAAGCAGAAUACCUUAAUGAUGGAUAAAAUGGAAAAAUAUAUUGGAGUAAGAACUGUCCUAAAGCACCUCAAUUUCUUAAGAUUAAGAGCUAAGAGAAAAGGAAGAGAUAUUACUCAUGAUGCUCUGCAAUAAAAAAUAGAUGAGAUAAAAGAGAAAUUCAAGAAAAGGAAAAUAUUUGAUAAAGUCUCAGGGUCUAGCCAAAGAGCUAAAAACUCUCCUAUUUCAUCUGGAAAACUUUCUCCAUUAAGAUUGAGUCCUAAUUCACCAAAGAGAUCUCCCACUCUAAUUCGGAGUGAAUCACCUUUUAGGAAAACACAAGAAUAAAAAAUGAAAUAAAGAAUAGACAAGUUUAAGCUUGAAUUUGAGGAAGUUGAUGAACGACAAGAGAAGUUUUAUUCAGAGAAUAAAAAUCUUGACUAAAGUAGUUCUUUCUUAGUAAAUCACUAGGAAUCAUAAAAUGAAAGCUAUGAAAAUGAAUAAGACAAUAAAAAUGUGACUCGAUCUUAAUUCUUACCACCAAUUAGUAACUCAUUUCAAUAGAGCACAAGAAUUUCAUCAUAGUUGAAUUUGUCAUUCUAGGUUUCUCCUUAGCACUAAUACAAUCAAUUUGCAAAUUUAAGUAACAUAGCAGAGAGCUAGUUGUUCAAUGAUUUAAGUGUGGAGUAUAUUAAAUCAAACAAAGUAAAAUUUAUUCCUACAUUUACCAGAAAUUUCAAGUCUAAAUCUGUGCUUUCCUCGCCUAAAUAGAUUAGCUCCCUUUUUAAAGAUAAUAAGGAUGGCUGGCCUUUGCAAACUCGUAAACCACUUAAUAGGGAUAAGUCUUUCGACCUUCCUGCCUCUCCUACAGUUUAAGAUUUAAGGGAGCAUAUCUCCAAAUAUGAUGAAUCCUUCAAAAUAUAAAGAGAAAAUCUGUCUAAUGCAAUGUUUAAAUCAUCAACUCAUCAAUCAGUGUAAUAGCUUCUUAAUAACUGUAAAGACUAUCAAACAGAGUAUAUUGAAAAAUCAAUCCCUAUUAAAAGAGAAUACGACUAUAAGAUGUUUAUUGAGGAUCUAAGGCAAGAAAAUUUAGAUAAUGCAGUUCAGAUCCUAAGCAAACUCAAUGAAAUAGACGACCCAAAGAUGAUAAGGCUUUUAUAUUACUAUCUUAGUAACAUGAAGCAUGAGUUUGACCAGGAAACUAGACAACUUGCUUAACAAGUAAAGACUGGCAUGAUGGAUCCAAAAAGAGAUGUUGCUAUUGUAGAAAUUCAAAACUUUAUCAAGAAAAAUAUUGGUAAAAGAAUGGCAUUAGCUAAUUAGAGCUCCAAUAACUAUGGAAAUAGAAAAGACUGA